AAAACGAAUUCACAUCAUCCGACAACGCUAAGCAUACGACCCAUACGCAACCCAGUUUUUAUAAGACAUGGCAGCCAUCUUUUUCCUCCGAACCUGAUCCACCUUUCGUUCCAAAUUCACUCUCUCCCAAUUCACUCUCUCGUUAGAGGCGAGAAAGGAAAGAUCGGAAAAGAUGAUGCACAUGACCUUCUACUGGGGUAAAGAGGUGACCCUCCUGGUGGACUCGUGGAAAACCAAGUCGUGGACGAGUUACGCUCUCACCCUCUUCGCCUGCCUCAUCAUCUCCGCCUUCUACCAGUACUUGGAGGACCGGCGCGUGCACCUCAAACUCGUCUCCUCCGGGAAGCCGCUGGCGCAGAUCGAGGAGCCUUUGCUGCAAGGGAUGCCCUUCCGUAGAGGGCCGAGAUGGUCGGCGGCGAGGAUCGGUGGGGCGGCGCUCUUCGGACUCAACUCGGCGAUCGGGUACCUGCUGAUGCUGGCGGUGAUGUCGUUCAACGUGGGGGUUUUCCUGGCCGUCGUGGUGGGCCUUGCGAUCGGAUACUUGCUGUUCAGGAAUGAGGAUAUCAAUGUUGCUACCCUUGUCGAAGAUAAUUCUUGUGCUUGUGCUUAGAUUUCAUUUAAUUGAUGGGAAGUUUCAAAGCGAUUUUUCUGGAUCAGAUAAAUGAUUCAAGAAAAAUGUGCCAUCUGAAUCUCUGUGUAUGUAUGCAUGUAAUUCUGCUUAUAAAAAAAACAAGUUUUGUUUA